GAGCCUUUUAGUUGAUAACGUCAUAAAACAGGAAGUAAACAUGAAGGAAAAUAUCAUCAAGCGGCUUCACUGAGCCAUGACAGAUCGCACAGGUGUGCUGUUUCUCUGGCCUGCGUGAUCCCUGCUUUUCUCAUGGCUGAGGUGAUGGGACAGAGGUGCCUUAUGGGCUUCGGUGUGCUGCUGGCGUGGCUCUUGCUUUUCCACCUGCUGGUCAAUAUUUGGCUCCUAUGUGUGUUCACCAGCUUGCUGCUGGUGCUCGGAGGUUGGUUUGGCUCCCAGGCUAUCCUGGAGUCCAACAGCUUGGUUCACCUGGAGAGGUUCGUCAAUCUGGAACAGGUUCAGUCAUCUGCAGAGGACGAAGAAUAUUUGGACCAGGAGAUUCAUAACACAGUGAGAAAAAUAAUCAGAGACUUUGUCAUUUCAUGGUACUCCACUGUAUCCACAGAGAGUGGUUUUGAAUUAGAAGUUCAGGAAGCCAUGAUCUCUAUGGCCAUGAAGCUGAAACUGCGUGCCAAACACAUUGACAGAAAGGAACUGACGCAGAAGGUCCUGAACCUGGUGGGCAGCCACCUGCAGGACUACCUCACGGCCAAGGAGUUAGCCAAAGAAAAACAACACAGUGAGAGCGAACAGUUGUGGGAAGCGUAUUCCUCUGUCGCCACUCCUCACAUUGCUAUGAGUGACGAUUCAGCAGAAGUCAACUAUGUCCGAGCCAUUGUCGCUCUGCUGUUGCAUGUUUUGGUGCCAUCACCCCAUUUAGAAACCAACACAGGACGGUUUGUUGUCAGAGAGCUUAUCACCUCGAAUGUCUUUCUCCCUCUAGUGGCUAAACUGUCGGACCCUGACUGGUUAAACCUCCUGAUCAUAGAAAUCCUUUGUAAGUCCAGCACACCACUAGACACUGUGGCAUCCAAACUAGAGACUUGCAGCUUGCCACACCCUGCUGCUGAAUCUAAGGCUCCAACUCUACAGUGUGUAACUCAGGCGAACAGUGAGUCACUUCAACAAGGAGCAGAAACGGAGCUGACUGAUGACACGGAAGCUGCUCUGCUUGAACUCCAUGCUUAUGAUGCGACUGACACAGAGGAGGUGAAGUUCCCCCAGACAUUUUCUGGAGAAGAGGAAGCUUCUCGACCCUUUUUAAGAUGCUACAUGAGAGGAAGAAAGUUUAACCCUUUUUACCAAGAAACUGACUCUGAUCCUGACUCUCCUUUGGCGGACUACAAACCCACCUCCACUGAUUCUUUGCUCAUAAUAGGUCAAGAAGACGCACUGUGCGACAGAUCCAGAAAUUACGUCACAACUGCUGAGGACAAUAAUAGUUUAGACUUGGAUGAGGUUUCCCCAAGUCCAGUGGAUGGCUCUUACCCUAAGGUCUUGUUGAAUUCAGUACUUGUGGACAGUCCUAACGACGGGUGCUUGUCAUCACUCAGGGACAGAGAGGUAACUUGCAGUAUCAACAGCCUUCGGGAUCUGAAAAGAGAAAACAGUUCCCCUGCAAUAAGUCAAAGCAGAGAGCUUGUUUUGGGGGUAGAGUCGACUGGAUCGGGGAAUCCUAGCGAGCUGAUCAUGGCUAGUCCACUGCAGGGCUGUUCUCCCAUGUCGAUGUUCAGUUUUGAGCCCCUCAGUAGUCCAGAAGGACCGGUCAUUAUCCAAAACCUCCGCAUCACUGGUACCAUUACAGCCAAAGAACAUCGCGGCACUGGCUCACACCCAUAUACACUUUAUACCAUCAAAUAUGAGACGUCGGUGGGCUCUGAGAACCUGGGAAGCAUCCAAGAAAGCUCUGAGCUUAUAGAGUCUAUACAGAUAGGAUCAGAGAAUCCAACUGCUCUCCAGCCUGUGGCAUAUCACAUGGUCAACAGAAGAUACAGCGAGUUCCUUAACCUACAGACUCGACUUGAAGAAAAAUCAGAACUGCGGAAACUCAUGAAAGGUGUGAAAGGUCCAAAGAAAGUUUUUCCUGACAUGCCAUUUGGAAACAUGGACAGUGACAAGAUUGAGGCAAGGAAAGGACUUCUUGAAAUCUUCUUAAAGCAACUGUGUUCCAUCUCUGAAAUAGCCAACAGUGAAGAGAUGCAGGAAUUCCUUGCUCUCAACACAGAUGCUAGGAUUGCCUUUGUGAAGAAACCGUUCAUUGUUUCUCGCAUAGACAAGAUUGUGGUGAAUGCUAUUGUAGGCACCCUGAAGACAGCAUUCCCUCACUCUGAACCUCAGAGCCCCACAGAGGACACUGAGUCCGAGGUGGACGGAGGGAAGAUGGGAUCAGACAAGAAGAACCGCUCACGUCUCAAGCUCUCCAGCAAAGGCGUCCUCGUCAUGAACGGCUCAGAAAUUAGGCCUCCUGUGUCGUUUGUUUGGGACCAAACCAGCACAGUGUUCAAUGGCAUGACUCUGGUGGCUUUACAAGCCUUCAUUACUGAGGAGGAAAAGUCGUCACUGAAGGAGCCAGAGAUGGAGGGAGGUCCUGUGUUAGGGCAGUGGGUUGGCUGCCGGGGACAUGAUGUGAGAGCAAAGCAGUUUAAGCAACACGACUCAGCAGGUGAAAUGUCCCAGGCCAAGGUGGCUCUGAACAUCCUGUGUCUUCUGAUGAAGGAGCAGUGGAGCUGGCUAUGUUCAAAAAACAUCCAGAGGACCAUCAGGCUGCUGUUUGGAACCCUCAUUAACAGAUGGCUUGAGGUGAGUGUAGCCAACCUGACGUGCACCAAGUACUGGGUGGUGUACCUGCAGAUAAUCCAGGAGGCAGUGUGGCCGGGAGGCACGCUGCCAGCCGCUGCACCACCUCAUCGCAGCCAGCAGCACAAAGACAGCAGCAAGCAGCGAGCCUUAGAUGGUCUGAUGAAACUUCUGCCAGAUCUGAUAUCAGAUAUGCUGGGUUCUGAUAAGUACAGGCUGAGCUGGCAGACUGCUCUGGAUUCUUUUCAAGACCCCCACAUUAACAGAUACCUGGUCUACUGUAUAUUUGAUCUUCUGUUGGACUUCCUGGUUCCUGAAUUACCAGAGGAAGAUUUUCAGAGAAGCCUCCUGCAGACUCUCUCUAAGUAGUCAGAAAAGAUGCUGGCAUGAGAAGAGAACCCAAAUGCAGAUGGAUUAUUUUAUUUUUAUUUUUGAUCUGGAGGUGAAAAGCAAGAGGAAUGUUCCUGUGCCAAUAUCAGGUCAUGAGUGUGACAGUUGUAUCUGAUUAUGUUUACCUUCUUCUGAGCUCAUUUUAAACUCCUUAGAUCACAUUGGUGACAUCCUAAGGUAACAUAGAUACAUUCGUUACUGAAGUUAUAUACAUGCUGAAUUUCAAUCUGCUGUUGAUUGUAAACCACAGUUGGUUUGUGUUUGAUCCCAGCGACCGGCGUUUUGUUCCAAUCCAAACGUGGUAAAACUUCGCCCCAUCUCCAAAUCUGGUCGUCUCCUGCAUGCGUCAUUUGCCAGCUUUAACUAAACUGUCUUCAGAUGCUUGAUCCCUGUGCUGCAUAAUGUGACAGUUUCUCCAUCCCAGAGCUCUACAUGUUAUCCUGAGAAAAUGUGAACUUUAUUUUCCUGAAUCUGAGCUUUCCUGAGGGAUUUACCUGGCAAGCGUCAGUGUGCAGGAAAAGUACACUCUGUAUGGGAUGAGUUUAGAGCUGUCCAGGAAACCAGGAAAGGUUUUUUGUACAUACAAGCGUAUGUCUCAACUGUUUAGAAAAGCCUUUCAUAAAACGAAACUGGGCGUCAACUAAAACGUUACAUAAGGGGCGUAGUAUCAAUAUUGUCAUAACUUCAUUUAAAACCAUUCUGAAAGAGUUUGUGGUAUGCGGUGUGUGAACUUGUAAUGGUGAUAAGUAAUGCUAACACUGACUCUUAUAAAACUCUGAGCAGAAAUACACCACUUGAAACAUG